AUGGCGAUGCGAUACCUGCGAAAGAUAGGCAGCUAUUUGGCGCCUCAAGCCUCGAAAAGCGAAGAUGGCCGUGACCAGUGGCCCUCGAGAGCAGCCUUUCUGCUCGCUGCCAUGGGCGGCUGCGCAGGACAAGGAAACCUGCUCAGAUACCCGAGUGUGCUGUACAACAACUAUGGCCUACAAUGGUUCAUUCCAUAUCUUCUGGCAGUCUUCCUCAUUGCUAUUCCGGCGCUCAUCCUAGAAGUGUCAAUCGGUCAAGCGUACCGUGGUGGUACCGUCAUUGCCUUCAACAACAUAAACCGUCGUCUCAAAGGAGUCGGUAUGGGGCCUGUUAUCGUCAGUUUCCUUGUCGUCCAGUACUUUACUGUGAACUUGGCAUGGAUUAUGAGAUACUUCCAAGAAAGUUUCACGAGUCCGUUGCCAUGGGAAGGCCGCAUCGAGGACUUCUACUACAAAGACGUUCUUCAGCGCGGAGCAAUCAACGAGGGAAGCCUAACGCCGGAUGGCAAUUCCGUAGCUUCAUUCACCGGUUAUCCCAACGGAGCUCUGAUCGGCUCAACUGUAGGCUGGAGUAUCUUUGUAUGGUUCUUGAUCUGGAUAUCCAUCUUCCGUGGAGUCGGCAUGACCGGUCGCGUCGUAUACUUCACCAUGGGACUACCCAUCGUCACCACCAUCAUCUUCGUUGGCCGAGCGCUGUCUCUCCCCAAUGCGAGUGAAGGUGUUGCUCUUGUUUGGAGAACUUGGAGGAGCGACCAACUCGCCUCGGGAGUCGUGUGGCAGACAGCUGUUGGCCAAGUCUUCUUCUCCACCGGUAUCGGCUUCGGAUACUUCACGUCGUACGCCAGUUACAACACAAAACACGCCAACGCCGUAAUGGACGCUUGUCUUAUUUGUGGUAGCAACGUACUUUUCGAAAACUUCGCUGCAUUCGCCGUCUUUGGCGUUGUAGGCUUUCUCGAAAGGUGGCCACAGGACGGUGAGCGACUCGGCGCCUUCGUUGUAGGUUUCUUGACACUUCCUGAGGCAGUGCUACAAAUGCCUGGAGCAAAUUUCUGGGCAGUGCUCUUGUUCUUCACGCUCAUUGUGCUCGGAUUUAGUUCGGCUUUUGUCAUGCUUGACGUUGUCGUCACGCUUAUUUGCGAUUCUGGCAUGGUCAAGGCUUCGAGACCUGUCGUGGUUACUGGGCUGACCGUUCUCUCAUUUUUGAUGUGUCUUCCAUAUUGCACGGAGUUCGGCUACUACCUCCUCGAUGGUAUUGAUCGCUGGGUUAACAACGUCGCUCUAAUCUUUGUCGUCUGGAGCGAGGUUUCCAGCGCUACGACCGUGUACCGAUGGAGAGACAUCGUUGAGGAAACCGGCCUGCCCGCCUUUGUCAUAUACAAUGUUGGUUUCUUCGGCGGCCAAGUCUUUGGUAUUAGUCUUGCACAUGGCAUCAGCCGACCUGGAGCAGGCGCCGGUGCUGGUAUCGGUUUCUACUUCCUUAUGGCCGUAAUUGCUGUUUUCGUGGCAAAGGCUCCCGCCGCACGAGCGCCGUCUUUCUGGAACGGGAAUGCUUUCAUUCGGAAGUUCUGGUUCCUCGCCUUCUAUUCGGGUAACCAACUCCGUCGCGACCUGAACGUCAUCGUUGGCCAGGGCAAGAACUGGACGAUACCAGCCUUCAUGCCAUUCCUUCUCCGUUAUCUCAGUGGACCCGUCCUCGCCAUCAUCUUCUCCUUCGCUUUCCCCGAAUUCCACACUCUACGGUACGAUCCAAUGAUGAUUGCCGGAUUCAUCUUGUCCAUAAUCACUAUAAUCGUUAUCCUGCUCGGCUUCAUAAUGCCACGAUACUACGAUGCUUUCAUUCCUACGGAACGCCGUUACGAAGGAACCGAGCCGACGGCACCGAUGGAAACCAAGGGUGAACUAGCUGGCAGGCCCAUUGCUGAGGUGGCAAGCGCUGAGCAAGGACACGGCGUCAUGAGGGACUCGUCAUCAGGGCAAGAGAUGGAUGCUCACAAGCAUACCAACCCACCACCGUACACACCCAAAGGGCACAUCAAGACGACCGGAUCGAAAAAGACCACAGCUGGGAUCUAG